UGUAUUAUUAUAAUAAUUAUUAAAUAACUACUAUUAAUAUCAUAGACUGAAUUGAACUAAAAUAUGAUUUUGUAAAGAAAAAUGCUUACAUCUGAUUCAUCAGAUUUGCAUUCUUUGUUGCAUUCUAGUCUAGUUCAUUGUCGUCAUUCAACGAUUUAGUCAUGCCUCGUCGCGCUCAGGAUCCUAUAGCAGAGCACUCUGAUUCGCUAUGUGAAUAUAUGAAUGGACAUCCAACGACAGUUCUUGCAUAUGCUCGUUACUUUGGAGAAUAUCCUACUGCCACAAAAGCAACUAUGACAAGUAUUGAUCAGGACGGAUUCGAUAUAAUUUGUGAAGAUAGUGGUGAGGAAAGAGAAGUCAGAGUCACCUUUGGCCAAUCCAUGUUCGCUGUUGGUCAGGUCAAACAUACACUCACAACUCUUGCGAAAGAAGCAGAAAUUGCGUUACGUGGAAGAGAUUCAAGCAAUCAGGGAUUGAUGCCUGAUAGCCCAUCAGCAACACUUCCGGAAGGCAAUCUGCUGUCAACGCUGCUCCUUAUAGGAGGAUUGACAGCAUUCUAUCUUGAAUUUUACCCCAAUACAACAAAUUCUUUCUUACAAUGGAUUUUAAAGACUGUUGGUGCUGCUUGGAUUCAUCGCUUAGUGUUGUUGAUCACGGGAUUGCACUGUUUUGAAUCACUAGUCUCACUCUAUUUCACUGUAAUCGUGGGCAAUGGCUUCUUCAGUUUACUUGACAUUAUUCAGUGGUUCAUCUUGAUUUCCCUCUUUGGCUACCCCUGUUUAUUCCAUCUUAUCGCGUUGGCGAACCGGCAACGAAACAAGCAAAGCAAGCAAAAAACAAAUUAAAAUAUUCUCGAUAUUUUAUAUCCUAAUCAUAGUGUACUUAUUUGCUCCGGCUGAUACUUGGUCUCUGAGAUAUGUAAACUAAACCAGAACAUUGGUUCGGCCAAGCCAACGACAGCGCCUUCACCAAACUUGGCAUGGGAGCACUUUUAGUUUUAGCUCAUAUACGAUUACUUAACAUUUGGGUAUCAGCAGAAAAUCGCUGUGGCUGUCUUUAACAGUCACAAUAUUGAAUAAAAAAAACG